CCCAUAGCCGUGCUGUUCCCCUAUAGGAGAAGCCCAAGAUGUUCGCUAAGGGCACCGAGAUCAGCCACGCCGUCGUGGUCAAGAAACUCAACGAGAUCCUACAGGCCAGGGGCAAAAAGGGGACGGACAGGGCGGCCCAGAUCGAGCUGCUGCAGCUGCUGGUGGGGGUGGCCAAGGAACACGGGCUGGGGGUCCCGCUGGAGGUGAAGAUCAAGUUCAACAUCAUCGCGUCCCUGUACGACUAUAACCCCAACCUGGCCACGUAUAUGAAGCCGGAGCUGUGGCAGAAGUGCCUGAGCUGCAUUGAGGAGCUGCUGGACGUCCUGUUUGCCAACCCACACAUCUUUAUAGGGGAAAACGUGCUGGAGGAGAGCGAGAACCUCAGCAACCCCGAACAGCCGUACCGUGUGCGCGGCUGCAUCCUGACGCUGGUUGAGCGCAUGGACGAGGAGUUCACGAAGAUCAUGCAGAACACGGACCCACAUUCACAGGAGUACGUGGAGCACCUGAAGGCUGAAGGUCGAGUGUGUGCCAUCAUUGGGAGGUUACAGCGCUACCUGCAGGCCAGGGGGUCCCCGGAGGAGCUUUGUAGGGUCUAUUUGAGGAGGGUCCUCCACACCUAUUAUAAGUUCCACUACGCUGCACUAAGGAAGGAGCAGGGCCUGGAGGUGACAUUUGGGUUGAAAAGAGUCAAAUUUGGGUCAUUAGAGCCCAUUGAGAGUCAUUAG